ACCACCACCACCAACAACAACAACAAAAGUCCUAUAACCUUGUGAAACACGUUUCAGCACUGUAGAACUCCUACGAGAAGAGGCCUCCUCAGUCAAACAACACCUCCUAUCCAAUACCCGUCGUGCCGAGCCGUGUAUGCGCCUUAGUGGGGUCUUGUUCAACCGCGCGCUUUUGGAUGGAGAUGGAGAUAUUCAGGGGUUCUUGUAAGAAGUGGACUCUUACGCUGCAUUGCAUGUGCAUUGCAGUCGUGGCAGCUUCAAAAUCCUUUUCUCGCGGUUCACUCGGUCUUGGAGGGUCUUGGCUUUUGUGCGGAGGCGCAUGCGUGAGGCCUCUCGUGAAUCACUGUCGAUAAUAUAUAUAGUUCUUGACUUCUCACAUAACUUGAUAUUAUUCCUGCAUCUACAACUUCACAUCAUACUUCUUACUUCACAUCCAAAUCAGCCAAAAUGGUCAACUUUCACGAGAGCUCUUCUGACAUCGAGCUUGAGGACGGUCACAUCCUCGUCGCUCAGUGCAACGAUGCUGAUGGUGAGCCUCAAGAGUCUCGUCUUGAUCUCGACUACUACAUCGGCAACAACGACGGUGCCUUCUACUGGGGUGGCGAGGGCUUCUCUGGCUCUGCUUCCGACAUCACCUUCUCGCUCGAGGGCGACGACAACGUCCCUGUCCUCCGCGCUCUUCUCAACCCCGUUGAUGGUGACCCUGUUGAGGCUGAUCUCAACCUCGCUGAGUGCAUCGGCAACGACAACGGCACUCUCGUCUAUGUCCCUCCCCAGUAAGCGAAGUUACGACUUUGAAGAAAGAAUACAGGCGGAAAGACAGUCAAACAAAUGAAGUAAAAUCACCAACUAUUAUUUCCUAUUCUCGGUGAAUACAGAGCUGAGAUGUGAAUGUCAAUAACUCAAAUCCGAUUUCGUGUAGCC